AUGAAGCGCCACGGUGAAUCACCAGCACCAGCAGCAGCAGCUCCGAAGUGCAAGAAGAAGAGACGAGGACGUCGCAAGUCAAAGACCGAGCGUUUGGCUCGAUCAAACCCCGUAACUGUAUCUAUUGAUACUUUGCACAACGUCCUGCAAAGCCGCUCUAGUCACGAAUGGGACACCGCGCAAAGUCUCGCCCUUCAAAUUGGGACACUUGAAGCACGGACAGUUGUCGUCCGUGUGAUUCUGACAGAACAUAAGGCCCCGAAAGCAGCGGCACAUUAUACAAAGCGUCUGAAUGUACGAGGAGACGAAUUAGUGGCUGUUUUUUCGUCUGGUUGGACGAUUUCUCCGCUCUUAUUGGCGCGAUUUCUGGUGGAAUUGGAGGAAGACACACUAGCAAUUCGUGAACGUCUGGAACAGUUUCUAUGGCCGUGGGUAUUGCAGUUACAAGAGAAGAAAGAAGACGAGACAGUGAUGAAAGCAGCUGUGCACUUGAUGCUGCAUCCGACAGCCUCUAAUGAUGCCAAGAUGUACGACAAGAAGGAACGAGCUCGGAAAUUGCAACGUGCUUUAGUGACGCAAUGUCUGCAGACAGGAAAAUUGCUCUAUUUUGUGCCAAUGUAUGCACGAGCAUUUGCUGAUCAGAUCAGUGUUGAUUCUGUUAACGUAGCCUUCGAAAAUGAGGAGGAGGAGGCGUUCUUAAGGGCUGAUCAAGAUAAAGAAAAGGAGCUACAGCGUCGAAAACAAGCGGCUCAUCGUGUGGAGAAUGUGCUUCGUCUGAUGUGGCCAGAUGCACGUGUCACAAUAUUUGGUUCUUCAGUCACUGGUCUUUUGUCAGAUCCCGACGAUGAUGAUCAAAAACCUGCCGAUGUGGAUCUCUGCGCUUUGUUGCCGUCAGCGCCACAUUUUUGCCAAGAAACAGCGUCUCUGGUCACUGAAGUGAUGGAGCAUUUGUCGAUUUAUUUCUUACCUGAUCGCACGGACGAAACUGAGCACAGGAUUAUCGCAGUCACGGGAGCCCGUAUUCCUAUUGUGCAGUUUUGGGACCCUUCUACCGAUCUACCAUGUGACCUUUGUGUGAACAACGUUUCUGCAUUAUGGAACACGCGUCUUUUGCGAUGGCUCUUGUAUGGUGGUGUCGGUGCACAUUCCUCAGAGCGAAAACGUCAGCUUCAACAUGUGCGACGAUUCUGUGACUGGCUUCGUAAGUGGCGUCGGGCCAAGGCGCGUGUGGUUAGUGACGCCGUGAGCUCGUAUGGACUCAUGCUGCUUGCUAUCUACUACCUGCAACGUAUUUCUGUUCUACCCGUGCUUGACUGUAGUGCAUAUGUUGUUGAAGAUGAGGUUUCGCUACAUACACUGACGGACGAUGAAAUCGAUAAACGACUCGAAGCGGCUGAGAAGAAGUUUAUACUCGUCAACGAGCAAAACACUAAGGUGCGAGAUUGGCUGGCACUUCGACGGGGCUUCUUCCGCUUCUACGCUUGCGAGUUCGACUACGAGCACACCGUAGUGAGCUUACGCACAGGCGACAUUAUGUCAAAGACCAGCAAGGGUUGGUCUCGUCGAAAUGACACCCGACUCUGUCUGGAAGACCCAGUCGAGACCGAACGCGAUCUGGGGAUGCUCUGUUCUAGACGCGCACUUAGUCAACUGCGUUGUGCGUUUACUCAUGCGUGCAUUGCGCUGAGCAACGUGGACGAUAAAGAAGUCAAAUUGGCUUUCUCACAACCGGAUGUGGAGGUGAAUUUACUGGCUUCGUGGGCGUAUGAAGAGGAUACAGGUCCUAAGCUAAAUACAUGCGAUGGCGCCGGCGCGAGCCUCUCUAACGCCUCUUCUAUUGACUCGACCACGCCAACGCCAGUCUAG